AAACUAACAAAGCAAAGAGUAGGUAGGUAACAAAGUAUUUAAAAUGGAUAUCGACUCAAGUUCUGUUGGUAAUUACGACCAUCUAUAUAAUGAAUUGUUACAACGAGAUCAACAGGAACAACUAGCAAGCGCUACCCUCACAUCCGAGAUACUAUCGAAACUUAACGUCACACCAGAUAAACUACCACAAAAAGCACAACAAAUACUUCAUCAGUGUGCUAUUAAACAAACGGAAUUUAACCAAAAUCUAAACCCUAUUUCCAUAUCACUGCUAACAUCGAAAGAUCUCUCUGAAAGACUGCAAGAUGAAUAUGAGAUACUAAAACUGAAACAAAUGAAUGCAACACUGCAAGUGAAAAUAGACCGUAAUAACAAGUUUAUAGAGGAGUUAAGGGACGAAUUGGAAUGCUCCAGGAAAUCGUUGGCUCAGCAGAAUCCGAACCCGGAAAACAUACACGAUCAUAUAAGGCAGUUGAAACAGAAAUUGGUUUCGUAUGAAGAGAGCUGUGAAAAUGCGAAGACUAAAUACGAAAGUCUCUCCGUACCAGACGCCAUCUUGCCCAAAGCGCUGACGUCACUAGUCACCACAUUGGCGACGCUAAAGGAAGAAGCCACCUCAUUGAAGCAGCGAGCUGAUGAUGUGGUGCUGAUGAAUAAGACAAGGGAUACUUUGAGGAUGAUCAGAUAGGAAUAUGGAAAAUAGAAUAGAUCAGGCAUGGAGCAGUAGCCUAUAAGCAUGGAAAAAAUAUGGGACCACGUUAGAUUAAGCUUGUGCUGUUGUAAAAUAUUAUAAAUUAUAUGCCAAUAUUUUGAAUGCCGGCCGUAAUUAGUUGGUAUUUUGUCAUGAAGAAAGCUUUAAUAUUUUA